AUGGAGGCCGCCAUGGCUACCGCAGGUGCCGAUCUGGCUGCCCUGCGGGCCGCAGCACAACUGCUGCAGGCUGCGGGCGUCGAUCAGGCGGUCCUGCGGGCCGCAGCCCAGCUCCUACACGCCGCGGGGGCUUCUCCUGAGGACGCGGCCGCCGAUCCCGCCGUUGCUGCUGCCCACCGCGCCGCCAUCGCCACAGGCAAGCAACCCGUCGUUGCCGCCGCGUCCGACACUGCGUGGACCGGGCUCGGGAUGCCGCCCGCGGAUGCGCCGCUCUCCGCCAUCGCCAUCCGCGGGCAGCCGGCCGACGCCGCACUCACCGCGGCCCUCCUCGCCGCCAAUACUAUGGAAAAUGUACCAGAAGGUAUUAAAUAG